UAUCCGGGAUAAUCAUCCAUUCUCGACUCAUUCUGAACACAAUCCCCUAGAGCUCCCAUACAACACACCUGAUACCAUGAAUAACAACGUUUCCUCUGGCGUACAUCCCUCCACCACUUCCUUGCAAUCCACAAACACUGUGUCAUCUACCACGCCCUUGUUAUCGAGUCAGAAACAGAAACAAAAGCGUAAACAGAAAGACCAGAGUAACAGCCCCAAAACUGCCAGCCCGGCAGCUCCAGCGCCUUCGUCUCAGCCACACUCGAAUCCACAGCCUAAAGAUUAUGAACAAGCAUUUGCGAAUUUAACGUCGUCUUAUGGGUAUAUGGGAGGCACUCCCUCCUUACCAAAGCGUCGAAGUUGAGGGAUUGGUGAUUUAUGGAGCAGUAUAUGAUCACGAUGUCAGGUAUUAUUAUCGGAGUUAUGAUCUCCUCCUAUUUGAUUCGUUCGAAUGUUUUAACUUUAAUGCUAUCAUUAUGCUUGUUUCCAUCAUCCACACUUUCUAGGCUUCCAGUGCUACACAUACCUAGCUUAGAAUAAGUGGUGGUUAUGGAGUGGUACCAAUGUGAGGAUUUUAUUUAUGUUGUAAUCGAACGUUCAUAC